CAUAGUAUUAUUUCAAGAGCGACAGACAGUGGUAAUGGUAACUGGUAAGUAAGUGGUGUGUGUGAAAGACACACAGAUUCUUAUCCAUAAACCAAUUUCCAUUAUUCUCAAAUUCUUCAAUUCAUAUUGAAAAAAAAAAGAAACUCAUAAGAACACUAUGGCACUUCUCUGCUUCAAUUCCUUCACACUCACCCCUCUCCAAUCUUCUUCUCCCUCCAUUUUCUCACUUUCCACCACAAACCCUAUUCCAAGAGUGCAAGUUGAUUUGCGCUCAAACUGUUUGAAGGGACUUCGAAUCUCGACACCCUUUGGUUUGAAAACGAGGAAAAAUGCAAUUUUUAUUGCAUCUGCUGCUGCUGAUUCUAAUGUUGUAGAUGGAGCAGAAGAAAGUGAAGGAAAGAAAGAGAGUGAUGUUGUACCAGUGGAUAAGCUUCCAUUGGAAUCAAAGUUGAAGGAGAGGGAAGAACAGAGGUUGAAGAUGAAGCUUGCAAAGAAGAUAAGGUUGAGAAGAAAAAGGCUUGUUCAAAAGAGGAGAUUGAGGAAAAAGGGUAAUUGGCCACCUUCCAAGAUGAAGAAAUUGAAGAAUGUUUGAUAUCUAUUUUUUCAGGUUUAAUCCUGAUUUCUUGUUGUUGUUCUGCUUCUGCACUUAUUGUCAACAAUUUAGUUUUAAGUUUUAAUUUUUUUUGUUGAUUAUUCUCAUCCAUCCAAAAUGUAUCAUGUAUUUUGAUAAUUUUGUUAAUUUUCAAUAAAAAAAUUUAGUUUAUGUA